AGAUUCACAGAUCCUCUCUCCACCCACUGUCUGAUAUCUAUCAUCCAUACAAAAAGAGAGAGACAAUCCUUUUUCCCUUUUCUUGGGAUAGCUAUUUCUUUUUCUAACAAGUUUUACUCCUUAUUUUAGUAACCUGUGUUAGUAGGAGGGUAUAGAGUAUUGCCCAGUCUCAGCAUGUAAUAUUGUAAUGUAAUCUUAAUUAUUAAUUAACAACUACUGCUAUAAAUCAUGGGUUGCUUCGAUAUUUCAAAUUUUCCUUUUUUUAUAUAAUAAAAACACUGGUAACAGUGUGAGAGAGAGAGGGAGAGAGAGAAAAAAAAAGUGUCAAGGAAGGCUGUGGGGGAAAAAAAAAGUAGCCAAGAAUGAAACAAGUAAGCCGCUGCAUUAUCAGGACAGCCAUUCUACCAGUAUCUGCUGCUGCUUCUGCUCCUGCCAUACCCCUUCUACUAAUAAGUCUUCAAAGUCACUGUCACAACAUUUCUAGUACAGUUCAACAACAGCUUCACAUACUGUCAUCAUCAACAUCAAUUAAAAACGGCCAGUCAGACAAGAAGCAUACUAGGUCAAUUUCAGAUCUGAGUGAUCCUACUUCAACUCCACGCAACUUUGAAGACUCAAGAAAGAAUGCCCUUCUUUAUACCCAUGUUAUAGCCUUCACUUUGUAUGAACUCGAGACUAUUACCAAGAGCUUUCGCUCUGAUUACAUUCUUGGGGAAGGAGGGUUUGGAACGGUUUAUAAAGGCUACAUUGAUGAGAAUGUCAGGGUUGGCCUCAAAUCUAUUCCAGUUGCUGUCAAGGUUCUAAAUAGAGAGGGUCUUCAAGGCCACCGUGAAUGGCUUACGGAAGUGAACUUUCUGGGGCAGCUAAGGCAUCCUAAUUUGGUGAAGUUGAUUGGGUAUUGUUGCGAGGAUGAUCACAGGUUGCUUGUUUAUGAGUUUAUGUUCCGAGGAAGCCUUGAGAAUCAUCUAUUUCGAAAAGCAACAGUUCCAUUAUCUUGGGCCACAAGAAUGAUGAUUGCUCUUGGAGCUGCUAAAGGGCUUGCUUUUCUUCACAAUGCAGAAAGGCCAGUUAUAUACCGGGACUUCAAAACUUCCAAUAUAUUACUGGACUCUGAUUAUACAGCCAAGCUCUCUGAUUUUGGUCUUGCAAAAGCUGGACCCCAAGGCGAUGAGACUCAUGUAUCAACUCGAGUGAUGGGUACUUAUGGUUAUGCUGCUCCUGAAUAUGUAAUGACUGGCCACCUGACUGCAAGAAGCGACGUAUACAGUUUUGGAGUAGUUCUUCUGGAACUGUUGACAGGAAGGAAGUCAGUUGACAAGACCAGACCCAGCAAGGAGCAGAGCUUGGUGGAUUGGGCCCGUCCAAAAUUGAAUGACAAGAGAAAGUUGCUGCAAAUAAUUGACCCAAGACUGGAGAAUCAGUACUCUGUAAGGGCAGCACAGAAAGCCUGCAGCCUGGCAUACUACUGUCUGAGCCAGAAUCCAAAGGCAAGGCCCCUGAUGAGUGAUGUAGUUGAAACUUUGGAACCUCUACAAUGUAGCAAUGAUGGCGCCAAUGGAGUUUCAUCAUCGUCACUGACCCCAACCCUAACAGGUAGUGCCAGUGCUUUUGCAAUGAGCGGGGUCCCUGAUUACCGGAUGCGGAGAUUCACCAACAAUGUUGUUCCUGGUUCUAGUUGUCGUUCUCCUAAUCCAAAUUGUUCUCCUGGUGGCCCUGCAGCGUGCAGGGUCAGAUGAGCGAUAUCACCUUCUAUGUAUUUGGUGUGCCUUUCCGUCCCCGUCCAUCUUUCUAAAUGACAACUUCUGAUUGUUAAGUCGUGAGUGAAUUUGCUGCUGUUUGUACUUGGUGUACAUUCUAUCAUCUUGACCCCCAGCCAGCUGUUAGUUGCUGCUCGCUAACUUGCUCGUAUCAAUUUUCUAGCAAAGUUUGCUCAGCAAUGAGAAUUGCCAAAUGAAAGCAGUUUUUCUUAUUUAGGAGA